AUGGUGACUAUGGUUCAGAUCACAAUGCGUGAGAGUGUGGUUCCAUUGAAUACAUGGAUUCUCAUAUCAAAUUUCAAGGUUGCUUACAGCAUGCUCCGCCGUGCCGACGGCACAAUCAACCGUGACCUGGCGGAGUUUCUCGACCGGAAAGUCGCCGCCAAUGCAAUCCCAGUCGCCGGCGUAUACUCUUUCGACGUGAUCAUCGAUCGAUCAGUCGGCCUUCUCAACCGAAUUUACAGGCCAUCACCGGAAAAUGAAUCUCAAUUUGGCGUCGUAGAACUCUUAAACCCAUUGAGCACCGAUGAAAUCGUCCCCGUAAUCAUCUUCUUCCACGGUGGAAGCUUCACUCACUCCUCCGCCGACACCGCCAUCUACGACACCUUCUGCCGCCGCCUUGUCGGCCUUUGCAAGGCCGUCGUGGUGUCCGUGAAUUACCGGCGAUCGCCUGAACACCGGUAUUAUUUGUGGGAUAUUUUGUAUUUAUUGUAUUAUAUACUGCUAGUACUAUAA